UAACAUUAUCACCGACGUCCAGAGGAGGUGGCAUUGUUGUAAAUUUAAUUUUUAGUAUCUAUGUACCACGUGGAUUUGUUAAUAUUUUGAUCACCAUACGGACCAUUAUGUGAUGAGCUAUAAUGCCUCAAACAAGUAGAUACAAUUAUGUUGCCAUUUCCGCCCUGCUGUUGUUUGCAUACUGUGUUUUGCCAGCCGUAGGCCUAGAAGGUUCAACCUUGUCAUCGUCGAUGAAGGCAGAGGGUGAAGACCAGGGCGGACGCUCUUUUAGUAGCUGGCUUACUGGUCAGGGUUUAGAAGCCUACGAAAACGUGUUUUAUGCUGUUGAUUGUACCUUAGAAAACUGUAGACAUGAUAUUGAUAUGACCCACAAUGCCUUUCGUGUAUUGGCGCCAACAGCCAUGGCAAAAGUAAAACAAGGAAUUCUCCAACUACAGAACCGGACAAUUCUUCUAAAAUGGCUGCAGAGGAUUGGUCUUAGCCAUUGCUUUGAGAGUUUUGUUGCUGGGGGCUAUGUUAACCUAAGUAAACUGCAUAACCUUGGACUUGGUCCGCAGCCGGAAGAUCUCAAAAUAUCAGCAGAAGAUUACGCCAAGAUUGAAGCUGAAGCAAAGCGCAUACAUGCACUGCGGAGGAAGGAGGAACAGGUGGAGGAUAAGAGAUCAUGUUUUGCAUAUUGGAACAUUAUUCUGAUCUUGUUGUUCAUUAUCCCAUUUUUAUACCUGAGAAAGGGUAUUUACAAAUUUUGGGAUAAAAGAAAUUUUGUGGAUCCGCUUAAGUCCAAGAUAACAUGGGGCUGGGAAGAUGGCCAAGUGGUCGGAAGAAUGGAGAAUUUCAAAGUCGAGUUCUUCUAUGGAUGGGGUUCAAAUUACACUGUGAGGUCUGCUGAUGACGUGUCUGCUGAAAUUAGUGUCGGUAGUCAGGCUGUGCCAUUCCAGAUUGAACGAUGCGAAAACCAACAGAAUGCCGUCAAAGUAUCCUUCACCACAAGGCAGUCAGGGAUGUAUUAUUUCAACAUCCGCAUCGGGAAUAAGCUUAUCUCGGUGAAGCCUUACAAGAAGGAAUUUUUACCAGGCAGCAUAGCACCAGCCAAGUCAAGCUUUGUUAAUCAUAGUUCAACAAUAGUUGUGUGUAUGGACGAAAUGCACGCCCUUCACCUUGAAGUCUGCGAUGAGUAUGGCAAUGUAUGCAAGGAAAGGAUAUCACCAAGAAGUAUCAAAGAGUAUUCGAUGAACGUUACAUCCCUUGAUUCGAGUCCGAUUGAGAUUGAGACUCCAUUGUGGGAUGUGGUCGUCCAGGAUGAUAACUUACUCUCACUCUUCAUUAAGAUACAGGAGCCUGGUUGCUUCAAGGCUGUGGUGACCUAUCGAGGUCAACCAUUUUCUAAUGGAGAGUUCAAUAUCAUUGUGUUAUCAUCGGAUGCCAUAGAACGGGUGAAUAAAACAGUUAGCAAGAAGAACAUGGACAGUUAUUAUGAAGCAAAGCUUUUAGAAUCUAAUGGAGAAAAGCUUCGCAAACCAAAGAAAGUAUUCUGUUAUAUUUCACCAAAGCAACUUACUAUAAAGGAAUUCUACCUGAAGAUCAUCCCAAAACGAUUACACACCUUCCGAGUGUGUCCUUCAACAAAGAUUAGGCCCCGGAUACACAUGAGCCGCGGCGGCAAUGCAGCACCCACCCAGGUCAGCACACCGAGAAACAAUUCCCUAUUCUUUUUACAGAGGGUAUUGGGCUCUCUUCAUACACAUGUGCUAUCAUUGUAUACACAUAUAACCAAGGGCAUAAUGUCCUGUCUAAAUGAUGAUGAGUUCAAUUUCCAAGGCAAUGGUGAGUGGCCUGAGUUCACCAUUGAUGAUGGAGGACAGGAUCCUGUAACAUUAGCCAGCGAGAGCCGUGACAUACUGGCAGCUACCUAUGCAAAGUUUCUUCUUAAGAAUAUAGGUGGUUCAGAAACAUUUAAGACAAAGCAGGAAUAUUUUUACCAGGAAGUUGCUGACAAGCACAAAAAGAGUCAUCGUACGAUUAUUAAUCUUAAGAUUGAUAGAUACUCCCUCCUUGAAAGUUCAAUGAAAGCAACAAAAAGUUUCACAACGUCUGACUGGUGUAAGAAAUUUGAAAUCAAAUUUCUUGGUGAAGAAGGUUUGGAUUGGGGUGGCUUAUCACGAGAAUGGUUUGGUAUUGUGUGUGACAGUCUGUUUCAAUCGGAGAACCAACUUUUCAAAAGUUUUAAAAAUGAUACUCAAGGAUUGGUUCAUCCGAAUGCAGAUAGGCCACAAUACAUGUCAAAACUGAAGUACUUCGAAUUUGCUGGUAAAAUAGUCGGCAAGUGUCUCUACGAGUCGUCGUUAGGCCCUUCAUAUACUCAACUUGUACGUGCACGUUUCUCUCGCUCAUUUCUUGCACAGCUUAUUGGCUUGCGAGUAACAUAUAAGUACUUUGAGACUGAUGACCCAGAGUUCUUCAUGACAAAGGUCAGGUAUUUAUUAGACAAUAACAUUGAUGACCUUGACCUUGGAUUGACCUUUACAGAAGAGAUAUAUAAUGAUCAUGGGCAAAUUGAUAAGGUUGUUAAUUUGAAAGCUGAUGGGGAGAGCAUCCCUGUAACUGAUAGCAACAAGAUACAGUACUUAAACAGUCUGGCUCAGUAUAAACUAAGUAAAUGCGUUGAAGACGAGAUCGAGGCAUUUGUUAAAGGUUUGAAUGAUCUGAUUCCUGAUACUCUACUGAGCAUGUUUGAUGAGAAUGAGCUUGAACUCUUGAUGUGUGGUACGUCAUCAUUUGACAUCAAAGACUUACGAGAGCAUCAUGUAGCAGAAGGAUGGAAAGGUGCUGAAGGACAUAAGACACUUGAUUGGUUUUGGACUGUUAUUGCUGGCUUCACGCAAGAAGAGAUGUCUCGUUUGCUGCAGUUUACAACGGGAUGUGGCCAACUGUCAUCAGGCGGCUUUUCUCAGUUGCGGCCAAAUUUUAAAAUUGUUUCAAUCGGGUCCCACAACACCUUGCCCACUGCUCAUACAUGCUUCAACCAGCUUUGUCUACCCAGCUACGAUAGCAUUGAGAAGCUCCAGAAGUCAUUAGUGAUUGCAAUCAAUGAAGGUUCUACUGGCUUUGGUUUAGUUUGAAGCACAAAACAUCUACAACAGAAAUAUUUUACAAGAACAAUCUGUUUUUAUGUAAGUCAAUCACCAAGUUUUUACAUCAACUUAGUGGUUUUUAUAUGGUAAGAAGAUUGAAAUAAUAUAUAUUACUCAUAUGACUCUUGUUUUACCAUGAAACCUUUUCCACCAUCUUGUUGUUGAUGUGAUUUGAAGAGGAAAUGUAAUUGAUGAACAUAAAUGUAUUUUUAUCUAUGACAAGUGUUGUAAGUCAAACAGUCUAUAUGACAAAGGACAUGUGUCAUAGGUUAUUUGAAGUGUCAUGUGACACCGGUAUGCAGUAUAUAAAAAAAUAUGAUGUAAUUCAAUUGACACAUUAGUAUUAUUGAUGUUGGUGAAGUUACUAUUGUAUUCAUUAUUAUUUAAUCUUAUGGGCUGGCCUAGUUUUUUUUCAAUACUAGUUAUAAAAAAUCUUGAACUGAGAUAUUUGUUUCACUUAAACAAUCUCAGAAAAAGAUUUACUUUGCAUAACUGUGGGUGCUAUUUGUGUACAAUUUUUCUUCCUCCUUGUGCUCGUCUGCCUUCUUUUCGCAGCAACUUAGACUGGUCUGUGGUGCGAUGAGUUUCUUUUCUCAAACUCACAGUUUUUUGACGCAAACAUCAUAAAAUCCUGCUUCCAUCAUAUUGAGUUCUGCAACCAAUGUUUGCAGUAGAUCUAGGUUAGGCCUUUAUGUAGAAUAGUAGGCCUAGAAAGACAUGUUCCCUAUCACCAGUAUAUAUGGUGAAAGUCUAUGAAAAUGCCUCGAGCAGUAGAUACAAAUUUUGUUGACUAACUCAGGACAUCACAUUAAAGUAAUAGAAAAACUGACCUCAAUGAUGACUGGUAUUCUUCCAAGGGGUCACCUACAAAGUUUUAUGUGGAUUUGCUUUUAAAUGACUCAAAGCUUGUUACAACUUAUUACUAGUUGUUAUCUUUUUGGAUAAUAAUGUUGGUGUGAAAGGAUAUUAUAUGUAUCAUUGCAUGUUAAUUACAGGGUUGGUAUGUGUGUUCAUAUUUAUCGGCAUGGUCCAGAAUUGUUCUUUAAACUCUACAGCUAGGUUAGAGUGCUUAUACUAUUGAUAGUAAAGUUGAGUGUGCAAUCUUUAAAAGCCUUAUUACUGGUAAUGUGUUAAAUUAUUCCCCUGAUAAUGACACUUAAUUAAUCUUCAUCUAUCAUUGCCAAUCUGCAAUUUCUCAAGUAAUAGUUACUUAAGCAUAUACUGUAUGUGUUAUGGUAAAAAAAAUACCUGAAAUAACUAUUUUUUUAAUGUAUUUUAAUUACUUACUUAUAGUUUCUCAUUGAAAUUUUAUUUGAUAAUUUUAAAUACGGAAUCUAAU